AUGAAAAUUCAUGCAAAACGCUUUGGCAAUGAAGGGCAUGGUAUAACCACAGCUGAGGAGUUGAAAAUUGCCCUCGAGAGUUACGGUGGCAUUCAAGAUUCACAUGUGUACACGGCUGAAGUCAAUUUCGAUCAUCAGAAUGUGAAAAAAUGCUCUAUUCCUGGCAUCAACAUGUUUAAUAACUUCAGAUUUGAAGAAACUGGUAUACGAAUGUGGCUUGGAUAUGGUAUUGGAGAGGGAAAAUUCGUUUCUUAUAACAGUUUAUCAGCUACCUCUCAAGGAGACACAAAUCUUACAAUUUUGGAGCAUCCAAUGGUGACAAAAAGGGGUAACACUUGCCAAAGGAAAAGAAAGUUCAAAGAAACUCUCCCAAAUCAGGAGGAAGCUUCUAUACAUGUGGUAAAUGAAGUGAUGGAUGUUGAGGAUGAAGUCACAGACGUGGUAGAUGAAUACACAUGUGGUGAAUGUGGUGUUGCAUUUACUUCUCUGAAAGACUAUAACAUCCAUCAAGACAUCGGCAACCACAAUAUGACAUCAUCUGACCAUGUGAAAAUUCUGUGGACCAGGAAAUGUGUUGGCAUCAAAGAGAAAGUCACCAAGCAUCCCUCUCUUAGUGAAAUAGAAAAUGCAUGUGCCCAGAGAAGUUUAGUGAAGGGCUGGGCUCUCAAAGGCAAAAGAACCAGUAAACGGUUCAAUAAGAAGGUUAAGGACUUUGUUGCUCAGCUCUUCGAAGAAGGAGAAAGGACAGGGCGUAAAUAUACACCAACAGAGGCUUCAAAGAAAUUAAGAACAGCAAGAGAUGAGGAUGGAAGCAGAACAUUUUCACCAGAGGAAUGGCUGAGUUCCCAGCAAGUCCAGGGACUGUUUUGUAGAUUUGACAAAAAAUCAAAUUUUGUUGUUGAACCUAAAGAAGAGACUGAUGAAGACUUGAAUGACAUUAUUCAUGAAAUUGCAUGUCAAGAAAAUGAAGAUAAGCUAAUACAGUCAAUUUGCAUGUAGAAUAUAAUAGUCCCAAGUAAUGCAUCAAACUGCAUAUUAGUACAGAAAUACAAACAUCAGUUGAUAUAUACUUUAGAUUCCUUAUUUUAUGCGAGUACUUAAUAUGGCGAAAUUAUU